AGUCUGCCAUUCAGCACCAGAGCAGUCUAGUGCUGGCAUGCCCUACUUCAAAGCUGCGGCAUCCAGCUCGUCUUGUUAUACUACGUGUCCCGAGGCCAGUGCGAUAUAUCAUGAGGCCGCGCUGAAAGUCCACGGAUAGGACUCGCCGUCAAUCUUCCCGCUGCCGCCGCUCCUGGCCGCGCCCAACCAUCGCCAUGGCCCCAGUCGCUCGUUUUGCCUUCCUCGCCACGGCCAUCGUCUUCCACCUUGUCUACAUCUUCUCCAUAUUCGAUAUUUACUUCGUCAGCCCGAUUGUGUCGGGCAUGCGAUUGUUCGCCGUAGACCGCACCACGCCAGCUAAGCCACCGGCAGAUCGUCUUGUGCUCUUUGUCGGCGAUGGAUUGCGCGCAGACAAGGCAUUUCAGUCGUUUCCCGAACCAUAUCCUGAGUCGGAUCAAGACCUAGUCCCGCGCCCGCUGGCGCCCUUCUUGCGGUCGCGUGUCCUGUCCGAGGGAACCUUCGGGGUAUCCCAUACUCGCGUCCCAACCGAGUCGCGUCCCGGCCAUGUCGCCCUGAUAGCUGGCCUCUAUGAAGAUGUCUCUGCCGUCGCGACAGGAUGGAAGCUGAACCCUGUCAACUUUGACAGUGUCUUCAACCGCAGUCGGCACACCUGGAGCUGGGGCAGCCCGGACAUUCUGCCCAUGUUCGAGCGUGGCGCAGUGCCUGGGCGCGUGGACGCCAUUACAUACGAGCCUGAAUUCGAAGACUUCUCCCAAGAUGCGACGCGUCUGGACUACUGGGUCUUCGACCACGUCAAGGACUUUUUCGCCGAGGCGGCCACCAAUCAAACCCUCAGCAGAGCCCUCCGCCAGGAUAAGAACGUCUUCUUCCUUCACUUGCUCGGUCUCGACACCUCGGGGCAUUCCUAUCGCCCCUACUCGAAAGAGUACCUCAACAACGUCAAGGUCGUCGACCAGGGGGUUAAGGAAGUGACAGAGUUGAUCCAGAAGUUCUACGCCGACGAUCGGACGGCCUUUGUCUUCACUGCCGAUCACGGGAUGAGCGACUGGGGCAGCCACGGCGAUGGCCAUCCAGACAACACACGCACGCCCCUGGUCGCGUGGGGUGCUGGCGUGGCACGUCCGGAGCUUCAUCACGGGUCAGUCGCCCCCGGUCACGACGAGUAUUCCUCUAGCUGGGGAUUCGACCAGGUUCGGAGAAACGACGUGGCCCAAGCCGAUGUCGCGGCUCUGAUGUCCUACUUGAUUGGGAUUGAGUUUCCAGCAAACUCGGUCGGUCAGCUUCCACUCUCGUACCUGUCCGCCAGUAAUCGCGAAAAGGCACAAGCCUUGCUGGUCAACGCCCAGGGCAUCUUGGAGAUGUAUCGCGUUAAAGAGGGGAAGAAAAAGGCAACCGAGUUGCGAUUCAGGCCGUAUCGACUGUUGGGUGACGAGGGCGCCACGCCAGACCAACGCGUCUCGGCUAUUCAGGAGCUCAUUGCGGCGGGCAAAUACGAAGAAGCCAUCGAAGAGUCCGACGCGCUUAUUGCCAUCACGUUAGAGGGCCUCCGCUACCUACAGACCUACGACUGGCUGUUCCUGCGGGCUCUUAUCACGGUCGGCUACCUUGGAUGGAUGGCGUAUGCUAUCACCAGCGUCAUCGACGCCUUUGUCUUGCACGAGAGGAUAACGCCCAAACGGUCAGCCGGCGGCUACAUUGGGUCUAUAUCGAUUCUCAUCGCGCUGUACGCUUCAUUUCUGGUAUCCAAAUCACCGAUUACCUACUAUGCGUACGCCUUCUUCCCUGUUGUCUUCUGGGAAGAGGUGUACGCACAUCGAGAAAGUCUAAUCCUGGGUCGCAAAGCCCUUUUCGGGCACAUUGUAUCAACAGGGGCCGUGGCGACAUUAGUGGGGCACGCGGUGCUGUCUGUAGCUAUCGUCCAGUGCUUGGCACUCAGCUACAUCUAUCGCGAAAUACUCACCGGCAUUUUCAUCUUAGCGGCGACAUGGCCGGCGACAUAUGGUGUCUCAUUUUUGCGAAAGUACGCGGUGCUGAGCCUUGCAUGGAUCGUCUCUUGUUUGACCAUGAGCCUUUUCACGUUGCUCCCCGCAAUGAAAGAAGAAAACGUGACUCUUAUUCUCAUCGGUGGAGCGGCCAUGACAGCCCUAGGCAUUCUAUACCUGGUUUUUGAGGGUCGCAUCUUUCACGACUUCAGAGAUCAACCGCUGCCGACAGCCGCCAAGGCAGACGACACAAUCAGGCGCACAAUCAUGGGCGUACAGGUUGGUUUGGUGCCACUAGCCAUGCUUGUGACCCGCUCAAGCGCCUUGAGCCUGCAGGCCAAGCAAGGACUACCUAUCGGCAAUCAAUUUGUGGCAUGGGCUGUCCUAGUCGUUUCCCUGGCCAUGCCGCUUGCGUAUCGGCUGCAAAGCACCACCCACUACAUGCAUCGACUAGCUGUGGUAUUCUUGACGUUCGCACCGACGUUCGUUAUCCUGACGAUAUCGUACGAGGGCCUGUUCUACGUGGCCUUCAGCAUCACGCUUCUCUUGUGGGUGCGGCUUGAGUACGCCGUAGAGACGCAGGCUACGAAGGCGACUCGGACUAACGGGACUACCGCGUCGGGGCACAGCGGGAGCAGGCCCAGAAUCCUGGAGCAUAGGCCGCUGCGGCUGUCAGAUGCGCGUGUGGCACUGUUCUUCAUGGUGCUCCUACAAUCGGCGUUUUUCAGCACGGGCAACGUGGCAUCAGUCUCAUCCUUCAGCUUGGAGAGUGUGACGCGACUUAUUCCCAUCUUUGACCCCUUCUCGCAGGGCGCACUCCUGAUCCUGAAGCUCAUGAUACCAUUUGCGUUGAUUUCCGCGAAUUUGGGAGUGCUUAACAAGCGGCUCGGCGUGGCGCCGUCGGCGCUUUUCAUGGUGGUCAUGGCUGCAAGCGACAUGCUGACGCUUUACUUCUUCUGGGUGGUCAAGGACGAAGGGUCAUGGUUGGAGAUUGGGUCGACAAUCAGCCACUUUGCCAUUGCAAGUCUUCUGUGCGUGUUCGUUGCCGGGCUCGAAGCGGUCAGCGCCAUGUUUAUAGCCGGCAUCGAGGUGGACGAGCGUCGUGGUGGCGAGGCAGCGCGCAGCAUGGGGCCAAAUACGAGCAACGGCCACAAAACAAAGGAGGUGGCGGCCUGCAAGCUGGCCAACGGAAGCGAAAAAGGCUGACGAGCUUUGCGGACCAAGCAACAUGUACUAAAUGAGCAGCAAUAGAGCGCGACUCGAGGUUAGGGACUCGCAACGAAAGCUGGGCUGACAGGCGAGUGUGACAGCGCGAGACGGGCCGUGAAGGGGGCAGGGCCACUCACUCGGUCCACGGAUUGCUAUCGUCCAAGUCGCUUUUGCAAGCUAUCAAGGUACCACUGAAUAAAAAUCGGAU